AUGAGAAGUGAGGUACUCGCAGCUGAGUCUGUGUCAUGCCUAAGCAAAACUCUUUGCCACCUGAAGGACAUUUGGGAGGAGAUCGGAAUACCAGAGGAUCAGAGACUACAAAGAACUAAUGUUGUGAAGAAUCACAUAAAGGGUUUACGAGAUAUGAUGAUCAAAGAAGAGGAAUCCCUGAGGAAUAGAAUUAUGAGCAGUAUUCAGGACAGCAAAAAUCAACUGGAGGAGCUCUGUCUUGACCUUCAGAUUCCUAUACAUCAGGACGAGGUAGGUCUUACAAUGCUCCAGCAAGAGAAUAGCCUCCGCACCCAAGUCGAUGGUCUCUUAACUGAGAAGACAAGUCGCAUGCAGCAGCUGAAGGCUCUGCGGGAGCAGGACCAGGAGCUGUGUGACAUCCUCUGCUCCAUUCCAUUCUGCAUCUCCCCUGAUUCUGUUCCCUCAAAGGACCAACUGAAUAGCUUUGAGCAACAUAUAGCUAACCAGAAUGCUGAGAAGGCAAAUCGCUAUGCUCAAUUAAUGGGCCUCAAGAAGCAGAUCAUCUUGUGCAUGAAGGACCUGGAUUACAUCCCAGAGACCAGCUUUGAGAAGGACGUUGUCUGUAAGCAAGAAGACCUUUUCUGCCUCUCUCGAGAUAAUAUUACUUCACUCAAACUGCUUCUUUGUAAGCUCGAGAAAGACAAGGCAGAGAACGAGGCAGCAUGUGAGGCCCUUCGGGAUAAGAUCCAGCAGCUGUGGGACAGACUGCAGGUUUCGCAGGAGGAAAGAGAAGUCUUCAAUGAACACAUGGUCAUGUCCAAGAAGAGUAAUCUGAAGGCGUUGCAAGCAGGGAUAGAUCGUCUGGAGGAACGAAAACGGAACAAUAUUUGCCAUGUCACUGAUGCUUUGCGCUCUGAGAUCACGGUGUUUUGGGAAAAGUGCUUCUUCAGCACUGAGCAGCGGCAGGAAUUUUCCCCAUAUUUUAGUCAGGAUUUCACCGAGGAGCUACUAAGUUUGCAUGAUGCAGAGAUUCAGCGUUUGAGGCAGCAUUAUGAGAAUCACAAAGAGAUUUUUGAUGGGGUUCAUCAGUGGAAAGAAAACUGGAGACUCUUCCUGGAGUUAGACAAAAAAGCAACAGAUCCAUCAAGGUUUAAAAAUAGAGGAGGAAAUCUUCUCAAAGAGGAGAAGCAACGGGCUGAACUGCGCAAAAAUCUGCCAAAGCUGAAAAAGAAACUAAAAGGCCAAAUUGAUGCAUUUGAAAGUGAGCAAGGAAGUGAGUUUUUGGUUAAUGGCCAGAAGUUUCUUCAGUAUGUGGCAGAACAGUGGCAAGUGCAUCAAUCCGAGAAAGACAGAAAAAAACUAGAAAGACAUCUGAAGAAAAGCAAGCAGACUGAAGAGGAGACUCUGUACGGAACACCACAAACCCCCAAGCGCAGAUUGCUGGGAAACAAUACCCCAAAUAAAUCAAAAUGGAUGAAUGCCUCCUCCAGUGUUUCUGUGGCCACAUCCAACAGUACAACACCGUCUGUCUACAGUGGGAAUGUCUGUCGUUCACCGGUGCCACGCUCACCAAGGAGACAACCACCUCUUCACAUAAAUGAGGACGUCUUGGACGUCACUUUUCAACGGUGGAACACGUACAGAACCUGCUUUAAAAAGUGGCUUUGUCUUCACGGCGCUAACAAGGAUCUUUCAGGAAUAUACAAACAUUGCGUGGAUAUGGAUUUUGAAAAUAUUCCUGGCGACGCUGGAUUCCACACUACAUGCUACCGGCGUUUUACUGAUAAACAGAAAGUGUUAAAGGCUGAGAAAAAAUUCGCACGUUUGCCCAUCGCUUCUGCUGGCCCUGUCCUUCCAGCCAUCUGCAUCAUUUGUAAAAAAGUGUCAAAGUAUGCUCGUUUGGGAUCGGAAGGCAAACGGCAGCGGGAUCAUCUCGCCAAAGCAGAGGCAUUGUCGGCAGGCCGGUUGCUGCAGGCAGCAGAGAUGAAGAAAGACUCUUCAAUCCUUCAACAUAUCAAAGACAAAGACUGUGUUGCAAUGGAGGUGCGAUACCAUAAAUCCUGUUACCGAGAUUACACCAGACAACCCUAUGCUGAGAGCUACAAACUCUUUUGUGAACAAGUGGUCCGUCAAAGGAUUAUCGUUGACAAAGAAGUGCUCAGAAUGGACAAGCUAAAAAGGUUGUUCGUGAACACCGUGAAGAACCAUGAGGAUCUUGAUGCUUCAGACUACAAGUAA